UAUAAUAAUAGUUUCAUGGAAUACAAUAUUCAAUUUGAUUAUACCCCUAUGCUUAUGAAAGAGUGUAUGUAUUUUCAUGUAUAUGUAUAUAUAUAUAUAAGUAAAUAGGUUGGAUGACAAAUUGUCAAAUGUAACUCAGAAGAAUCUCUUAUCCAAAUUAUUUUUCAUUUAUGGAAAAAUGAUGUUGACUAUCUUUGGGAUUUUAGUAAACUGUUGGAUUUGGGUUUCUUUUCAUAUACAAUUAUUAGAUGCAUCAUUUCUGCUUCAUCAUAACUUAAAAAGUUCUUCAAUAGUUGAAGUGAAUUCACCAUCACCACCUAUUUUACCGGAACGUUUUUAUACUGAAUUUUCUAUUUACUAUACACCAAGAGAUGAUGAUCAAAUGCCUUUGCCACCAUGGCCACAAAUUAUUCCGCCACAAUUACCAUAUGCUGUUGGACGUGGUAUGACAUGGUAUGCUAAUGAUUUAAACAUUGCAAUUGAAUAUUAUGAAGAUUAUUGUGUACCAAUAUUUGAACCAACCAGUUAUUUUCCAUGUAUUCUGUUUAACUUCAAUCAUACAGCUUAUUUAAUUGCACCAGUUGAUUCAGGUUAUGGACCAUGUUGUGUAUAUCGUAAAUCAUUUGAUAUACCUAAGAGAAAUUUCAUGGAACAGUUUGCUAAAUAUUAUAAUGGUACAACUGAACAAUUGGGACUGGGUUUAUUGAAUCAAACUAUUCAAUGGUGGGUUAUACCAUGUGAUAAUGGAAAUCAAUAUAAAUAUUAUCUGAAGCAAAGAAAUAAAUCUUCAUUAACUAGUCAUUCAGUUUUCGGUGGUUAUGGAUGGACUGUUGAAAAAUCAAAAAAUCGUGUACCAGUUUGCUUUUGGUACGAAGGUAAUGUUGGCUGGACUCAACAGCUGUUUUUCAAUUUUGUUACUGAAGGACCAAGAAUAUAUGAUCUGGAAGGAUUUCAACUACCAGAAAUAUGUAAAACUGAUAUAACUUGUAUUUUUAGACCAUGAAAUGUUUUUAGACAAAUAAUUUGUCUAGUUGAGUGAUAAAAUUUGUAUGAGUUUGACAUAACAAUGUCUCUAUUAGCCUAUUAAUCAUAUGUGGGUAUUAAGGACUAAAAGUCAUUUUGUUUCUUAACAGUUAAAACCAUCUUGACGUGUUAAUAUUUCUUAUUUGGAAUACUUUUCUCUGUAUUUCUUCAGAAUGUAGUCAUUGUUUCAUUACAGUACCAAUCAACUUUGUGUCACAAAUAAAUAAGAGUUCUAACAACAGAA